AUGAGGACAAACGUGUGGAUUUACCAGGCUUUGGUGUGUGUUGUGGUGAUCAUUAUGGAUACAGGUUGCUGUAAAAAGUCUCACCAGUUAUUGCAGAAGUAUGAAAAGACUGAGAGCCACAUGCUGGUUUGCGCAGACUGUCCUCAGAGCCAGCUGGUACGAAACAGCCGCUCACAGGAACAUUGCGCUCGAAAGUGCAAGAAGGUCAAGAAAAACUUCAGCUGCAGAGCUUUCAACUUUCAAAGGCACAACAGGAAAUGCCACUUGCUUCCUUUUGACCGUUUCACCCACGGUGUGCAGAAGCUGGCCAACAUCAACUUUACUUUGUACGAAAAAAAAGAUUAUAUAAGGGAGUGUAUCACUGGCACCAAGGACAACUACAGAGGGAGAAGAUAUUGGACAAAGUCUAACAUCACUUGCCAAGCUUGGUCUGAUAAUAACAUCAAUGAGCACACGUUUUAUCCUGAAAGGUACCCAGGACAGGACCUGAGAGAGAACUUCUGCCGGAAUCCCAACAACGAUCCUGGUGGUCCAUGGUGCUACACCACUGACCCCAAUGUGAGAUCUGAGGAGUGUGGAAUAACACAAUGCUCAGAAGAAGUGUGUAUGACAUGCAAUGGAGAGGAUUAUCAGGGAAAAGUGGACCAUACAGAAAGUGGUAAAGAGUGUCAGAGAUGGGAUUCUGUCAGGCCUCACAAACACCACUUUCAGCCCAAAAAGUAUCGGGAAAAACACUUAAAGGACAACUAUUGCCGUAACCCAGAUAAUCGUCUACGCCCAUGGUGUUACACCAUGGAUCCCAAAACUCCGUGGGAGUACUGUAACAUCACUGUGUGUGAUUCCGACCCUGGUGAGGACACUGAUGUCAACAUAACAACAUCCUGCAUCCAGGGAGAGGGCACCGACUAUAGAGGCAUGAUGAAUGUCACUCCAGAGGGUGUGACAUGUCAGCGCUGGGACUCCCAGUUACCCCAUAACCACACCUUUCUUCCUCAGAACUUUAAAUGCAAAGACCUCAGGGAGAAUUACUGCCGUAACCCCGAUGGUGCAGACUACCCAUGGUGCUUCACCACAGACCCUAAUCAGAGGAUAGCGAAGUGCACCCACAUCCCCAGAUGCAAUGGAGAGGCCAUACAGAAAAUAGAGUGUUAUGAAGGCAACGGAGAGAUGUACCGGGGCACUUUAUCCACAACACGUUCGGGGAUUCCUUGUGCAGACUGGUCACAUCACAUUAACAGUGGGGAUUCUCACUCUACAGUGUCCUAUGUAGGGCUGGAGAAGAACUACUGCCGGAACCCUGACCGGGACAAACAUGGCCCCUGGUGUUACACCAGUCAAAACAACCGACUAGCCUGGGAUUACUGCAAACUGAAGCACUGCGAAUCCGCAACAACAGCUCCUCCACCAAACACUCUAAUCAAGCCUAAGAUAUCAUGCUUUGUGCAUAUAAACACCAGAAUAGUCGGAGGUCAUCCAGUACGAGGUACAGAUGGCAGCUGGGUUGUAAGCAUCCAACGAGAGAACGUUCAUUUGUGUGGGGGCUCACUCAUCAGAGAGGACUGGGUUUUAACAGACCAGCAGUGCUUCACGUCCUGUGUUCCAGACCUCAAAGAUUACAACGUGCAGGUUGGUCUGCGUCAUCUCAGUGAGUCUCCGAGCCACCCAAGAUUGAGUAUCUCUCGGCUAAUUUGCGGCCCAGAAGGAUCAAAUCUGGUUAUGUUGAAACUAAAAGAACCUGCCCCUGUGUCAGAGGGAGCCUCCACCAUUCACCUUCCGGUGAGAGAGUGUCACAUCGCUGAAGGCACCAACUGCACCAUGUAUGGAUGGGGGGAAACUAAAAAUACAGGACACGAUGAAGCACUGAACACUGUAACCAUGCCCAUGGUCAACAACGACAUGUGCUCACAAAUCAAAGGGCUUGCUGGUGAAAGCAGAAUUUGUGCUGGUGGCAAUGUCGGAGAAGGCGUAUGCGAUAGAGACUACGGUGGGCCUUUGGUUUGCCAGGAGCAUGAGCGCAAAGUUAUCAUCGGUGUGAGCAUUCAUAGGACCAAAUGCGCCUCGUCGCAGCCUGCACUUUUUGUAAACGUAGCUUUCUACUCAGAGUGGAUUUACAAAGUGUUCAGACUUUACCCUAGUUUUGAGAGGAAAUGA